AUGAGAGGAAUCUUGGCUGAGUUUCUCGAGCAAAGAAGUGGCAUUGAGGUGGGUAUCGUCAUUGCCUAUUUGUUGAUCAUCACUAUUGGCGCUUUUGGAAAUCUUUGGGUGGCAUGGAAGUGUGGAGUGGUGUUAAUGUUUGGUCGACGGCAGAGACAAUCCACUUCAGUGACAAGGGGAAUUGUCGUCUGCAUCUUCAUCAUUUGUCUAUCCGAUAUUAUUGUUCUUUCAGCUCUCGCAUUUAUGGUGGAUAUGAAGAUCACGGGUGGAUGGCGCUUUGGCGAGGUGAUCUGUCGCCUUUUUUAUAUGAUCGAAAUGCUCAACAAAUUCGUGAUCCCGCUCUGUCUCGUGCAUAUCAGUCGACUUUCGUUCAAUUCGGUGAAAAUCACUCGCGAAUCCACUCAUCGUUUCCAUUCUUUUCUCCUGCCGACUUUCAAUUUUGUGGCCAUCGCCACCGUGUUCGGCCUUUCGGGUUAUGUGUUGUUGUUUUCGAAAACCCUCGACAUUCCUUUGCGGCGAUCCCGAUCGGGAAUUGUAUCCACGAAAAUGUGCCUCUUCAAUCCACCAUCAGGCCACGAUUUGAUCUUCAAUGGAGUUGCCUUUUUGGUCGGUUAUGUGGUCACCUCACUUGCUUACAUCUAUUUCUACGCAAGUGUCCCGUUGCUCUUGAAAAGAAAGAUCUCGAGCAACAACUCGCCUGGAGCUUUCCAUCAACUCAAAGACUCAAAUAUUGUCCGAAUCAAGUACACGGUCACUUCAUUUGUCGCUAUUUAUCUAAUCUGUUGGACUCCCUAUUGGGCACUGUUUUGGCUUGCCUCAUUAACGGAUCACUUCCCGAGAUGGUUAGUGAUGAUCUCAAUGCUUGUUCACACAUUGCCCUAUCUUUCAUGCACCGCGUAUCCAAUCGUGUUAACGGCAAUGAAUCGAGGAAUUCAAAAUGAGCAUGCCUCGAUUCUCAGUUUUCACAAGAAGAAAUUCUCGACGAUUCGUGAAGGAGCUAUGCAGACUUUCUCAGCUCAUGUCGGCAUGUUAAACAGUAUUUGGGCUAAAGCAGAGAACGAGAAUUUGAAUCCCGUGUCGGUU